AUGAGUGGUUUUCAAAAAGAUGAUGAUGAUGAAUCAUCAAGAGAUUUACCAACCAAUAAUAAUCAAGAUAUAAAUAAUAAUAAUAAUAAUAAUAAUAAUAAAAAGAAAAAAAAAGUUAGAUACCAAGAUGAAGAAAAGAAAAGUUUAGCAGCAAAUUAUAGUGAUGACGAUGAAUAUAAUAGUGAUCAAGAAGAAUAUGAACCAAUAUCAUUACAAAAAGGUGCAGAUGGUGAAGAGGAAGAAGAACAAGAAGAUGGUAUUAUUUUGCAACCAAUUGUUAGAGAUCCAUCAACUUACAGACCACAAAGUUUAUAUAAUUCCAAUGAUGAAAUUAGAGAGGGUGAUUCAUUUUCUGCUAAAAUUAGUAAAACUAUUGGUAAAACAAAUAAAAAACUUAAAGAAAAGAUUGGCGAAUCAAAUAAAAAGAUUGAACAACGUGUCAAAACAUCAAAUAAGGCUAUUGAAGGUAAAUUGCAAGAAGGUUGGGAUACUAUUGCCGGUGUUGCAAUGAAGCCAGUUGAAAAUAUUCGUGAACAACAUCAUCGUAGGGUAGAGAAACAUGAAGUCGAGGAGCGUGCUGGUUGGUUUAAAGAUAAAUUAAAUAUUCAAAAGUAUGAAUGCUUAGAUUAUGUUACUAUAUAUAAUAAAGCAUACCGUUUAGAAUUAUAUAAAAAUUUCAAUAAAUUGGUUUCAGAUAACGAAUGGCUUCGUUGGAUUGUAAGUCUUUUCAUGGGUAUUUCAAUUGGUAUUAUUGCAUAUAUUUCUCAUGCUGCUGUUUCAAAUAUAACAAAAUAUAAGUUUAAAUAUGUUGAAAAGAUUUUAGAAUUAGAUAUGUUUUUAGGGUUUUUAGCUUAUUUUUUAGUUAAUUCAUUAUUGGCAACUUUAUCAUCAUUAUUAGCAGUUUAUUAUGAACCAACAGCAGCAGGUUCGGGUAUUCCAGAAGUUAAAGGUUAUUUAAAUGGCACCAAAAUUCCACAUACAUUAAAAAUGAAAACAUUAUGGACAAAAUUAACAUCAAUGAUCCUUGCAGUAAGUUCAGGUCUUCAAGUUGGUUCAGAAGGUCCAAUGAUUCAUAUUGGUGCUAUUGUUGGUAAUGGUUUCUCACAAGCUCAAUCAAAAGAAUUUGGUUUCAAAAUUCCAUUCCUUCGUUCGUUCAGAAACGAUAAAGAUAAAAGAGAUUUUGUAACUAGUGGCGCUGGUGCUGGUGUAGCUGCUGCUUUUGGUGCUCCUCUUGGUGGUGCACUAUUCAGUAUGGAAGAAGUAGCUUCUUUUUGGUCAACUACAUUAACUUGGAGAUGUUUCUUUUCAUGUUUGGUCGCAACAUUCGUUAUGAAUCUUUUACAAUCAAACUCUGGCGAUAUUAGUGGUCUCAUUAUUUUUAAUACUGGUAAAAAUAUUGAUAAAGAAUUUUCAUAUCAUCUCUUUGAACUUAUUCCAUUCAUUAUCAUUGGUGUUUUAGGUGGUUUUGCAGGUGCUCUUUUCACUUUUAUUAAUGUCAAGGUAACAGAGUUCCGUCGUGAAAAGAUAAACAAAGUUAAAAGUCUCCGUGUACUCGAAGUAUUCCUCAUUAUUGGUGUUUCAACAUUCCUUCAAUUCUUUGUACCAUUAUUAUUUUCAUGUCGUGUUAAACCAGAUUUAAAAGAAUUGGCAGAAAGUUUAGAAGAGUUAAAACAAUUUAAUUGUCCAGAGGGCCAUUACAAUCCAAUGGCUUCAAUUAUGUUUGCACCAUACGAGCAAUCUAUUUUCAAUUUAUUCACUUUUAACGAAUCAAAGGAGUUUGAUUAUGUUCAUAUGUUUGGUUUACCAGCUCUCUUUAUCUUUUUCGCAUUCUAUUUAUUAUUUGCUGCUUAUACUGCUGGUUCAGGUAUUUCAUCAGGUACUUUUGUACCAAUGAUUGUAAUUGGUGCUGCUUAUGGUCGUGCAGUUGGUGUAAUUAUGUCCUAUAUUAUUCCAAACUCAACUAUCGAUCCAGGUGUUUAUGCCAUUAUGGGUGCAGCUGCAUUUAUGGGUGGUGUUUCACGUCUUACAGUCAGUCUUACAGUUAUUCUAAUCGAAAUUACAAAUCAACUUCAAUAUCUUUUACCAAUUAUGUUAACAGUUAUGACAGCUAAAUGGGUUGCCGAUGCUUUAAUUCAUCCACUCUUUGAUAUUUUAAUUCAAAUGAAAUACAUUCCAUAUUUAGAACCACAUCCAUCAAAAGAAAUGAAGCUAAUGAUGUGCAAACAUAUUAUGGCAAAGAAACCAGUUUACCUUUGCGAAACCUCAACCAUUGGUGAAAUAUUAAGAGUAUUAAAAGAAACUCGUCACAAUGGUUUCCCAGUUGUAAAUAAUCACGAUGAUAGAUUGGUCAAGGGUCUUCUUUUACGUACUCAAUUAUUGAUGAUAUUAGAACGUGUAUCAGAUGUCUAUAUUCCAAAUUCAGAAACUGUUUAUUCGCAUCUUGAAUACACUACCAAACUCACAUGGAAAUUACCAUCAGUCAACGAUUUCAGUUUUGAUCCAGCCGAUUAUGACCAAGAGGUAGAUUUAACCGAAGUAAUGAAUAUUACUGUUAUCAAUGUCAAUGUCGAAUUUGCUGUUAGUGAGGCUUUCCAUUUAUUCAGAACCAUGGGUCUUCGUCAUAUGCCAGUAGUCAAUGAUAAUAAUAAAUUAAAAGGUAUUAUUACUAAAAAAGAUUUAUUAGAAAAAACUUGUGAACAAAGAUAUAGAGAAUUAAGUCAUAUGAAAUUAGGUAUCGAACAAUUAUUACAUGUUGGUGAUGAUAAUUAA